UUUGCACACUGCACCACACAAUUUCAACUAACGAAACCCGAUUCAAGUGUUUUGAUGUGUAUAAAACCGAGAGGAGCACCAACGAAGAGAUCAGUGUAACAACAUUUGGCGUUUACAAAGCUAAACUUGAGUGAUCGAAAAACGAUUUCUAGCGAAUUUUUUCAAGUGUAAGAAAAUAAAUAAACUUAUUAAAACAACAAAAUGCCUUGCCCAUGUGGAAGCGGUUGCAAAUGCGGAUCGGAACCUAAGACUGGCAAUUGCGGUUGCGGUUCGGCGUGCAAAUGCUGUCCCUGUGGAAGUGGUUGUAAAUGCGGCUCACAAACACAAAGUGGCAGUUGCGGUUGCGGUUCCAGCUGUAAAUGUGGCCAAUAAAAAUGCAUCAAAUAGUAUUUGUGCAAAUAACAGUACUUUAUUAAGUUUAAGCAAAAUUUAAUUUAUUUAUAUAAUUUAAUUGUAUGAUGCUCAUUAUACAUAAAUCAUGUGAAAAUACAUAUAGUACAAGUAUUUAUAUUAGAAAAGUACAAACACUUGUGCACGCCAUCACAUUUCGCUACAAAUAAAAAACAAAAAGAAAUUAA